AUGUUGCAAUCCGCGUCACUAUUCGAAGAACUCCCUAGAUUUGACCAUACUGAGGCCUUCGUUGAGGGUGUCAAGGACGGUGACCUCCUGUUGGGUCCUGAUGGCAUCUUAAGACGUGUAUUCAACGUCGUAACUGAAGCGGCAGAUCGCUGGGACAGUCCACAACGUUUAUACUAUCCCCCACCUCGAAGCGGCGGAGUGGUCCUCACAGAGUCAGAAGUCGCCGCUAGAAGCAUAAGAGACGAAAUUUCUGACCGGCCAUUACCUGAGGCUACGACCCCAAAGCCUAUUAAUCGUCCCGAAAAGCGCCAGGCUCAGCAGACCAUUAUUCAACAACUGUCUCCUCGCCGCCGCCGCACUGGCGAUUACAUGCCGAACCUAGGCUCAUCGUUCACAUCUUCCUUGGUUUUUAGGGAACGCCACUCCUCCCCUGUUGAAUCUAUCCCUCCCAAUGCUCUUUCUGAACUAAGGUCAGAUGAUGAUUUUAUGAGCAUGGUAGGGGAUUCGCAGAUUAGUAACUCAGAUGAGGAUUACGAAGAAGACGUUGCUGGAUUCAACGACGAAAACGAUAUCGAUGACCUUGACUUCAUUGAUGCCACCAGCGACGCCGACGAGGACGAUGACGAAGAAGAGCCAGAGGAGGGACAACGCCAUGUCCGCCUACAGACUGGCCGCCAUGCCUAUGGCGAUCUCCAGGACGACGAACGGGACCAAUUAAUCAGCGAAAUCACCACACAUUCUAAUACGUCUACAAAGUCGGGCGCAAAUACGCUGCUUAAUGCACUCUGA